GAUUUACCUGCAGCUCGACAAGUAACUACGGACUGAGCUGCCACACAUUCUGAUUGUAUGAGAGGUUUGGAAUAUUAAAUGAAGAAAAAGGGAAAUGUCUUUGAGGCCCCAGAAUUCCAGGCAGAGAGGGAUUGCUGGAAAUCCUUCAAAUCAAAACCAUUUUCCAGAAGACCAACACAAUCCCAUAACUUCUGAAAGUAGUAAUGGAGAAGAGGAAGCAAAAGGUAACUAUGUCAGGGGAAUGAUAAGAAGAAUUAAUAGCAUGAGCAUCAAACCAGAUACCACAGAAAGCAAUAGCCAGAAACAGAAAGAUGGAAGAUUCCAAGAAACCCAGUCUCCACUCCAUUUAAACAGCCCAGAAAACAUGAACAUCAAGCAAUCUCAUUCAGAGGAAAUAUCUCAACAGCCUUUGGAUAUCCCCAGAUACCGUCAGUCGGAACUGAAAAGCAGAAAUGUUAUUCAAAGGUCACAUCUUCCACGGCCAUCAAUAGCAGUAAAGUCAACUACAGUUAAGAGUGAAUCUAGUUCAUCUAUAUCACCACAGCCUUCAAAGACAAAGAUGGCUAAGGAUCUUGAAUGGAAUGGUGCCCAAGAAAAUUCUCAAAAGUUUCCAUCUGAUCAGAAAGUCAAGACAAUGAAUGAAAGGCAUCUUCCUCCAAAGCCUGCACUACCAAGCCAGGUCUCCAGUGUCAAGAGUGAGACUUGUCCACCUGCACCAUCACAGCCUUCAAAGACAAAGAUCGCUAAGGAUCUUGAAUGGAAUGGUGUCCAAGAAAAUUCCCAGAAGUUUCCAUCUGAUCAGAAAGUCAAGACAAUGAAUGAAAGGCAUCUUCCUCCAAAGCCUGCACUACCAAGCCGGGUCUCCUGUGUCAAGAGUGAGACUUGUCCUACUGCACCAUCACGACCUUUUAAGGCAGUAAAUGAAAAAGAACGAGAGGAAAAGCAAGCCCUAGAUCAUUUUCGCAGUUCCCAAUUAAGGAAUCCUGAGGGACUGCCUCUUCAUGCUUUUUCUGAACAUCAGCAGAACAAACAUAUUGAUGAAUGUGACCUGGAUCUAUACACAGAUAAUGCACCUGAACAAUCCAAUUAUGAAGAGGAAAGGUCUUCCAGUACAAAACCAAGUAGACAAAAAGCAUUUGCAGAAGUAUUAUCAGAACUGAACUUGCAGCAUUGUAGGAAGUCCAAAUUGUCACUUAAGGAUGUGCUAAGCAUAGGCUUGGAAUCUGUAAAGAAUGCUGAGCUUAACACCCUUGAAGACAUUCCUCAGUAUUUUUUGCAGAAAGUCAUGGCUCUUGAUGGCGGAGCAAGAAACACAACAAUAAACCAGCCAUCACCUGGAAAGGGAGAUGAAUGGGAUCUAAUAUUUGACAAAUCUGAAGGCAUGGAUUUUAAUUUGCAAAAUCCCAUCCAUCCACUUGAUGUUCUUUGCGCUGUUUUUCAUUGUUCAGAUAACUUUUUACGGCAGGAACUCGUAUCUAAAAUGUCUUUGUGCCAAUUUGCUGUCCCUUUGAUUCUUCCACCUGGUGAUGGCACCGAAUGUACCUUCUUGCUGUGGGCAAUGAGAGGUAUUGUAAAGAGGUGGAGACCUCACUCAUUAGCUGAAGUAAGAGGAUUUAUUGAAGACAAUUUAGUGAAUGUACGUAUGCCAACAUUUUCUUUUGUCAGACUGGGGGAGUGCAACUUAUCCAAGUCCAAAAUCCUUAAUCAACUGCUUUGCCAAUCUCAGAAUUAUUAUGACAUUUUUGUGAAUCAUGAUAUGGACUGUGGAAAUGUAGAAAAAAGAAUUGCCGAUGGAUUAGUGGAAAUUUCUUGGUUCUUUCCUGGAAGUGUGAAUAAAUCAGAAAUAUUCCAAGAACCUUUGGCAGUCACCAAUUUACGAGGAGACUUGAAGAAUAACUGGAGACAAUUUGCAUUUAUAACAAAUGUUUCAUCAGCUGUGUUUAUAUUGACAAAAAAUCUAUCUGAGAAGGAAUAUAAAUCACUUUUGUCAUGCAAAGAUGACAAAACACAUUACUAUUUUAUUAUUGACAUAAGCAGUGACGACAAGCAGGCAAAUAAGAAAACAAUAGAGAUAGUGAAGAAAAUGUCUGAGGAACCUAAAGUUCACUUUUUGAAAACCAGUAUUAGAAAUGUAACAGAAUUAGUCAGGCAAAUACGGCAAAUAUUUGUUAAAUUUUUUGAGACUCCUGUAAGCAUUCAAGAUUUGGCUACUGCAGUCUCUAAACAUGGCAUCCAAGUAGAUGAGAAUUCUCUGGACUGUCAGAAAGCCAAAACAAAAGCCAUUUCAAUCACAAGUGAAAUAAAAAACGUAUCAGAAUUUAAGGGAAAAGCAAUGUAUCUCCAGGGAAAUCUGUGGAAAGAUUUAUCCAAAAUAGAAAAAGAGUUGUGUAGAAUGAAGAACCAAGGAAGCACUAACAUUAAUACUUAUAAAAGGGGACUGUUAAGAACAUGUUUUGAUCUACACAGGACACAAUACCAAUGUGAGCUACCUCGUAGCAUAAGAAACUAUAUGAACUGUUUAAUGAUAAUGAACACAGUGGAAAGGGAAUAUUUUAUAAGAUGGUUGAAGUUUUACUUGGAGAUAAUAACAAGAAAUAGUCUGUCAGUAUUACAGGCUGAACACAACGAGAAGUUCAAUGAAUUGUCAAAAAAUCCAGAUGAAUUGAAUCAAUUAUACUAUAAAAUGUCUGACAGCUCUUUAGGGGUUGAUCACUUUCUCCGUGAGUUGGGCCAGUACUAUGAAGUAGAAUGUUGCAUGGUUGAUGGAAACCAAAUAAAAUCAAAUGAAAGGCAGUUCAGUAAACUACCAGGAGUAGCAGCUGAUCUCUUGUUGGAUGGCUUCCCAUUAGAACUGAUAGAUGGAGAUGCCUCCAACAUCCCUCUAAAAUGGAUAACAGAUGUUCUAAAAGAGCUAAACAAAAAGACAGAGGGAAGAUGCAGAAUGAGAGUAAUCACAGUGCUGGGAGUGCAGAGCACAGGCAAGUCCACUCUUCUAAACACCAUGUUUGGGCUGCAGUUCCCUGUGGCCAGUGGACGUUGCACACGAGGAGCCUUCAUUACUUUGAUAAAAGUGAAAGAAAACUUGCAAAAAGAGCUGGGUUGUGAGUUUAUUCUGGUGAUUGACACUGAAGGUUUAAAGGCUCCCAAAAUGGCUUCUUUAGAGGACAGCUAUGAACAUGACAAUGAGCUGGCAACUCUAGUAGUUGGAUUGAGUGAUAUAACCAUAGUAAACCUGGCCAUGGAAAACAUCACAGAAAUGAAAGACAUUUUGCAGAUAGUAGUCCAUGCAUUUCUUAGAAUGAAAGAAGUUGGAAGGAAACGCAACUGCUUCCUUGUGCAUCAGAAUGUGAAUGAUGUCUCUGCUUUUCUGAAUAACAGAAUAACUAGGAACAAACUUUUAAAUGAAUUAAAUGACAUGACAUGCAUUGCGGCAAAAAUGGAGAAAAUAAAUCUGUCUUUGAAUUUUACUGAUAUUAUUACUUAUCAUCCUGACAAGCACAGCUGGUACAUCCCCGGGCUUUGGCAUGGUGUCCCGCCAAUGGCCCCAAUAAACUCUGGGUAUAGUGAAAAUAUUUUCAAGCUGAAAAAAAGCUUGAUUGAAUUAAUGAAAGAAAGCGGGUGCCCACCUCCUCAGAAUAUUGACUCUUUCAUUGAAUGGAUACAAAGUUUGUGGAAAGCUGUGAAAUAUGAGACAUUCAUUUUCAAUUUCAGAAAUAUCCUAGUUGCUGAAGCCUAUGAGCAAUUGUCUACGAAAUAUUCAGAAUUGGAAUGGAAUUUCCGCAAAAGGGUUUAUUCAUGGGUAACAGAACAAGAAAAUGUGAUAAAAAACCAACCACAAAGUAAACUAGAAUCCAUCAUGGCAGAAAUUCUAAAUAAUGAAACAAGUAAGCUAUUGGACAGACAAGAGGCCCACAUGACAGAACAGUUGAAAUAUUUUUUAGAGACAGGAAAUAAUAGAAUGUACCUUGCAGAAAGAUACAGAGCAGAUUUCUUGAGCUAUGUCAAAUGUCUCAGAAAGAACCUGGAAAUUAUUAUAUCCAACAAGUGUUGGGAAGCUGUUCGAAUUCAUAGUGGGAAGCAGGAAGUUCAAAAAAUUCAGGAGUGUUGCCAGAAAUUUCUUGAAGAGAAAGUCAACCUUCAUAUGAAAAGCCAAAACUUAAAAUUACAUGACUUGAGUGACUCAGAAUUAAAGAAAGAGUUUGAGUCCAUGUGGGAUCAAAUUUUGUCAGAGUUACAGGUGGGUCGCUUAAAGAAACAAAGAGUUGACUUCGAAAUUUUAGAGCAACUUACAAAGGAAAUGAAAAACAAAGAUGGCGCUGUUCAGGAGAAACUUCAGAGUAUAAAAUCCCUAAAAGAUUAUGGACAGAAUCUUUUUGAGAUGGAUAAGAGCUAUGUUACCAUUCCUUGGUACUCGCCAAAAGGAGUCAUUGAAAAAAUCAACAAGGGCUGCUAUAAGAAGCUAAGUAAUAUUGCAAAGUCAUUAGAAUACAAUUGUCAAAGCUACGUGACAGAUAUCAUUAACACAGGAGAGGAUUACAAUGAAACAUACUGCCAGGAGCUGCUAAACAUGAUUAAUUACAAACUGAACGAUGAGGAAGUAAGAAAGCUUUACCCCAAUGUGUUGUUUGAGGUUGAUCUGAAGUUACACAUUUUAGGAAGAGCAGCCCCUCAGUUUCAGAAGAUGCAUGAUGACUUUGGAAUGAAUAAUGACCCCAAACUUCUCAUGAACAGGCUAAAGCCUCAAUAUUUCUCAAUAUUUAAGGAUAAAUUACAUCAGAAAGAUGAAUCUAAAGUCAGAGCUCAAGCUUUCUGUCAACAAUGCCUCAAGCCGUCGAUCUGUAACUACAUUUUCAAUCAACUCGGUAAAGAAAUAAUGGAUGACAUUCUGAACAAUUCUUUAACCAUCAGGUUCAACAGCCAGAAUCAUUUCCAUUUCAGUCUCCUGAAAGAACUGCUUGAAACAAACAGAUUUGAGCAAUAUUCAGAAUAUAUAGUCCACUACGAGUCAUAUGUGAAAAAGUGGAUCAUGAAGUACAUUGAAAAGAAAUAUAAAAAUUCUAAGCGGUUGGAUCAGUUGGUUAAAAAAAUUCUUUCAUCCAUCAUUAAUAAAAUACAGUCAGCUCUCAGAGACAAAAAUGUGCAAAUGAGUCAAAGUAUCACAGAAUUUUUCGAAAUGUUUCGUACAAUUCUAAACAAACACUUGGUGAUUUCAAAGAAUGCCGUGAAAGUCAUAAUUUUUCAAAACACAGCUGAUAUCAGGCUGUUUUCACACAACAUUGAUGUUCUUCUCGCCGAAAUGCAAGAACAAAUCAGAUUAGAAAUGAAGUCACUAAGCAUUGAAGUUUUACUUUCUCAACUUUUGGUAAAACCUCAUAUUGAAUUAUUCAAGAAAGUAAUUGGAUGUGGGAAGAAGUGCCCAUUUUGUAAUGUCCCUUGUGAAGCUGGAGGAGAUGCCCAUCAAGAACACUUUGCAUCUGCUCACCGGCCCAAGGGUUUAGCUGAAUACACAUUUUCAGAUAAUGCUCUUUCUAAGACAAUAUGUUCCACUGCUAUCCUAUCUAAUGGCAAAUUCAGGAAUCCAGACACAGAAGGAAAAUGGCAUCCAUAUAGAGAUUAUAGAACUGUCUAUCCCCAGUGGAUCAUACUGCCAGAGAGAAGCAUAACAUUUUCACUUUAUUGGAAGUUCGUCCUUGCGCAAUUCAAUUAUGACUUUGCAAAACUCUACCAAGCAAAUCCAGCAGAAAUCCCCGAAGAAUGGUUAACAAUAACAAAGGAACAAGCUCUUGGUAGUUUAAAAGAAAUGUACAACAUAAAAUGAAUAACAACUAAAUAAGUUAAUGACCAUGUUCCUGGGUAAGAACCAGGAGUACAUUGUUUAUUUUGUAUUAAGUUUUUUAUUGACUUAAAACUGCCUACUGCCAGUUCACUGUUUUACUAUGGCAUUUGGUGGUGUCAUUCAAACAGUUAAAGGAACAGUAACAUCAAAAAAUGAAAGUAAUAGUAAUAAAACUAUAAUGUAGUG